GACAGGAUAGGGAUCUACAUCGUCAUGUUCCUGGAGAUCCUCAACACACUGAUGAAGGUGCUGCUCGUCUUCUCUGUCCUCAUCGUAGCCUUCAGCCUCUCCUUCUACAUCCUCAUGUCACACGGAGGCUACCUCUCCUUCUCCAACGUAGCUAUGUCCAUGAUGCACACCUUCUCUAUGAUGCUGGGUGAGGUAGACUUCCUCAAUAUCUUCGUUUAUCCUUUCUACCAGGAGAGUGUCAGAGGAGAGAGACUUCUCUUUCCCCUCACCACCUUCGUCCUGCUGGGAAUGUUCAUGAUUUUGAUGCCCAUACUGCUCAUCAACCUACUCAUUGGUCUGGCUGUUGGUGACAUCGAGAGCGUCAAGAAGGAUGCUCAGCUCAAGCGAAUCGCCAUGCAGGUGGAGCUUCACACAGAGCUGGAGAGGAAGAUGCCGGAAGUGAUCAUCCAGAGGGUCAACAAGUCCGAGGUAUUGGUUUAUCCAAACUCCAGCGGUUGCAAGACCAUCCUGAGCAGCGUCCUCAGCGCUUUCAACUUUGCCUGCCCCAUGAAUAAUAUAUCCAGAUCAGCUGUGGAAGAUGUAGAGUGUGGUAGCAGCGAGAAAUACCUGUGUGAGGCCUUCAACGUUCAGCGUAAGAAAUUGAGAGACAUCUCAGCAGUACUAGACCAGCAGACAAAACUUCUCCGCAUGAUCAUGCAGAAAAUGGAGAUCAAGAGUGAGGCAGAUGAAUGCGAUGAAGGCGUCUCACUAGACGACUGUAUGAAAGAACAUUCUAUCUCCUCCUCCAAGUUCUCAGCUUCCUCAAGAAGAUCCCGGUGCUCUACAAAUUAUUAACAAGACCUUACUCCACGAGUACACUGGUGGUCAGGAAGACUGAUACCUCCCUAAGUUCCUUCCUCCAAGAGUACACUGGUGGUCAGGAAGACUGACUCCUCGGUACGUUUCUUCCUCCAGGUGUACACUGGUUCCCUGUUAAAUGUACUGAGCUACUGGAUCGUAACAUCAUCGAUCGUGUCGUAGCUUAUUUGAAUGACUCUUUAAGUCCCAAGCUCCGUGAAAUACUGAGUUUGUAUGUCCAUGGCAUCACGUACCAUCCUUAUACGUGAUCUUUUGAAAAGGUCGAGACAAAUAUAUACUUCUCUUUUGUACUUUUCAAUCUUCGUGUGUACCUUCCGAUGUCAUCCUGAAAAAAAUCUUAUUUUGUAUAGUAUAUCUGCUAUUUGUAUAGUAUAUCUGCCUUUCCACACUGUCGAGCUCCAGCGCUAAAUGGAACCGAGUAAUUGUCCAAUAUUUUGUAAGAAUUUAUUUAAUGAGAAUCAUUAUUAUCGUAAAAGGCUAUAGGAAAUAUUUUGUGUAUCUUUCUGCCGCUGACUAUAUAAAUUAUGAUUUUAGUGCUGUAUUAUAUUUGUGUGUGUAUGGGCGUGUGUGCAUCAAGAUGUAUGCUAAUGAGCUGCCUGGCUGAACUUAAUCCUGAGUAGUAGUUAAUUUGUUAGUUUUUUAUACAUGUCAUACUUAUCCUCUGAGAGAUAAUCGAUAAAGAUUACAUGGGUCCAGGGACUCGGCCACAAUAUUUUUAAUUUCCAAACAAGUUACAGUGAAACUGACCUUCUUAAAAUUUUUAUUUAUUAACACUCAAAAAUGAGUUGUUUACAUAGAUUUGAAUUCACUCAUAAAAGCAUUACAAUUUAGCUUAAAUGUUGUUAUGAGGUACUUGUAACACCCAAUAUUUUAGCGAGGUUGCGUUGAAUAUAGACGAGUUUAAAUUGUUAUGAAUUAUUUGCAAUGGGCAAAAUGAGGAUAUUUCUCCAGAACAGCUGAUAAUAUGCCGCUGUGGAUAAAAAUACUUUGACAUUUCUUAAUAAUUUUCUGAGAAAAUUGACUCUGAAUUCGUGAAUUUUUUUUCGCUUUCCAGCACAUAAUGUCACAGGUUGUGACAAUAGUUUCACUGGCUAAGUUCACUCGUACAUUUAGUUAACCGUACGUCAGCUGAUGGUAUAAAGUCCAAGAGGUACGUAAAGCUUAGAUGUCACUACUGCCCAGUGGGCAGUAGUGACAUCUAAGAGUCUGCUGAUUUUGUUGGAUCCACCAUACAUAUGUGGCUCGUUCUGCACGAUAGAAUGACAACGACAGAGUGGUGCAAGUCUCUCAGCUUCAAAUCAAUGAAAUUGAAUUAAAGUUUUCUUUAUUAUUAUUAUCCACAAACUACUAGUAGACAACUCGAAGGUGUUCUCUGCCUCUUCCUUGACGGCAUAAGCCUCCUCCUCCUACUACUGGUGCAGCUGGCACUGCUGCUAUCAUAAAGAAUGAUAGCUCUCAUGAAGAAACUGGAGCACGCAUCAAUAACUGGGCCUCUACCCAACAAACAGAACUGUUUGCCAUACACCUUACACUCAAAUACGUCCAUUUAUCUAAGGUUGACA